AUAUAUUUGUCUCGAACAUUCACUCAAUUUACACUUCUGAAGUCCCGACAUAGCUUACUUUCCCACUCUCUUUCUCUCUCAAUUUCCCGAGAAAAUUCUCUCCAAACCAUCCUCACACCCCCUUCCCAAACCCUACUCAAUCCAUCGACGCUUCACAAAUCCUCGGCUCUUAAGCCAUUGAAUGACUAUAGAAUCUGUAGAAAAUUUUGAUGAUGCCUCCUCCAAGAAGAAAGAAAUGGACGGAGGCAGAAGAGAGAACCCUAAUAGACAAGUACGGUGAGAUGGUUUGUGAUGGGACUUUAGGGAAAAUGAAAACCAGAGAGAAAAAGUUCAAACCCAUUGCUUUGUAUGUCAAUUCUAUGCACUACGUUCGCGACCCGAUCACCUACCCGUGGCAAUGGACUUGGAAGGAUGUGUCUACCAAAGUGCAGAACAUGAGGCACCAAUAUUCAUUGGUGAAGCAAAAGAUCAAGAAGCAUGAAUUUGUGGGUGAUUCGGCGGUGGAAGAGUUUGAUUGGGUUGAGGGGUUAACUCAUUGGUCAAAUUUUUUGAGGUAUAAGGAGGUUUUUGGGGAUGUGGCACUUGUUUUUAAUGGUAAUGAUUCGAUGGUGGUUGCGGGAGAGAACAAUGAAAAUGGUGAGGGGUUUGAUGGGAGUGGUCAUGGAAUGGAGAUUGUGCAAUUUGGGCAUCUUGGUCAUGGAGGGGAUGGUGAUUUUGGCGUGGGUUUCGAUGGGGGUGAUAAUGGGGUUAUGGGUUUGGACUUUGAGUAUGAUGGGGAGGAAGGAGAUGAUACCCAUAAUUGUAAUAAUAAUAAUAAUAAUAAUAAUAAUAAUAAUAAUAAUAAUAAUAAUAAUAAUAAUCAUUCAAAGGUGGAUGGAGAUGAUGGAUUUGUGUAUGAAGAUGUUGAGCCGAGUGGGUCUGAUACGAGGAAGAAGAGGAAAGUUUUGAAGGGGAUGGGGAAGAGGCCAUGGGGGUUUCUUGCAAACCAGUUAGGGCAGUUGAGGGAAUUGGAAACUCGAUUUGAGCAUCGGGAGGUGGAGAGAGAGCGGGAGAGGCAAAGGAGGGAGCAUCUCCGAAUAGAGAUGGAGCAGGAACGCGAAAAGAAAUGGGAAGAAAGAGAAAAGGAGAGGGAAGAGAGGGAGAAGGGUAGGGAGAAGUUGAGGAGGCAGAGGGUUCGGGAGUGGGAAGCUAUGGAGGAGGAAAGUGAAGAGAGGGAAAGAAGAAGAAGAGAGGAAGAAUUGAUUUAUGAGAGGGACUGGGAGGAAAGGAUGAACCGGAGGAGAUCAGAAUGGAAGAAGAGGAUCGAUGAGAUGUUGGGCCAGCAUCGAGCAGAAAUGGGUCAAAUUCAGACUCGAAUCCUUCAUGAACAACAGAACCUUACCAAUCAGUUCCUUGGGAUUGUUUCACAGUGGACUGGUCAUCCAACUGGGCUCACUGAUCACACUGGAGCUAGCAAUCAUUAUUUGUCACAAAUGAUGCAGAACUUGCACCAUGUGAAUGGCAUUGUCCAUGGCGACACAAGAGUUGAGGGUGAUAAUCAAGAUGAUCAAUUCAUUGUUGAUGGAUAAUAUCACUCUCCAUCACUAAUUUCCUCUCAGCUGGCUCAAAUUGAAAGUAGCAUGCAGGAAUGUGGUGGUGAGAAGAAGUGUAAAGGUCAGAGAUUUGUUAUGUGUUUUACUGUUUACUUUCAAUUAGGUAUUUAUUAUAUCAGUCUGUGUAGUUUGAGUUUUUGCUUUAGUUUUAUUUUUUGGUCCAAUAGUUUUCAUUUUAGUGAAUAAGGGAUGUAGAUUUCCGUGUUUCAAUUUUUUAUGUAACUAUUCUUGAAUAUAAAUUCACUCUUUUCUAAAUAUGCUACAACUUCAUGGUUCAAUUUUUGUUUAGUUUUC